AUGCCCGACACGUUUUACUCCAGGGUAAGCAACUUCCUGUCCGAUCCUCGGGAUCGUUUCAUCGCGGUUGGGGAAACAGCGGACGAAGUUCUGCAAAAGAUGAACGAAUACCUUACCAGCGAGGCCGCUGUAGCUCGAUAUGGUGUCAUAAACCCGGAAGAGCUGGAAAACAACAUUCGCACCUGCAUCUUCAAGAAAGGCACGAAGAACAUCCACAAUCGGGCACCGGACACCCGCUACUACCACGAGCCUCCGCCCCACGACUGA